GUGAAUCCAUGGAAAGGGAAAGUAAGCUGUAAUUUGUGAUUUUGUGAUUCAUCCCCAUUUUUACAAUCUUUUAAAUUUUGUGCUUGUUUGUUUUGCUAACCUCACUUUUGGAUGAAUGUGAACGAAGUGGAGUUUCACAAUUUUUUUAGUUUGUGGGCGUUUUUCUCCCAUUUUUCCGUGGGUGAGUGGAGUGCAGAGCCUCCAAGAUGCCUCCAAUCAAGCUCGCAUCUAAUAAUGCUGAGAUGAGCGAUAAUGAGAUGUCUGGCAACGAUUCUGAGCACUCGAACUCCAGCCCAGAGAAUGAUAUGCCCCAUGGAGACUCCACAGAAGACGAGCCCGAUUCUGACGAUAGCUCGGACAUGGAUGAAGGCGAGUGCGAGACAAGACGCAACGCUUUGCUGCAACACGUUCAAGAUUUGGAAAGUCAAUUUGGACUGUUACGGGAACAGCUGUACAGGGAAAGAUUAUCUCAGGUGGAGCUGCAACUGUCCGAGGUGAAAUCCGGUAAAUCUCCGGACUAUCUGCGCGCUCUGGCUGAGCUGCAAGAGAAUAUGCGCGUGCGCAUUGAGGUGGCCGGCGUUUUGAGACAACUCAGGCUGCAGGGCAUCAAGAACAUGUAUGAGGCUGAAGAACAGGCAGCGCUGCAGAAUUUUGAAAGCGAAAAAAGCCUGGCGUGUGAUUACUACUAUAGUGAACUGAUGGAGACGAUUCGUAGGUUGGAAGAGGACAGACAUAACAGUGAGAUCAGUUGGGGGGAAGGAGGAGAAUGGUGCUCAAGGUCGAGAUCUAGAUCUAGAAGAAAAGCAGUUACUGUAUCCGGUCCGUACAUUGUAUAUAUGCUCAAGCCUCAGGAUAUUAUGGAAGAUUGGACAGUAAUCAGGAAGGCUCUGAACCGGACAUCCUGACAGAUUAGUUUUUAGGUUAUUGGUUUGGUAAUCCGUGACUAUUUCACAUGGCGAAUUGCAAAAUAUUAUAGCAUACAUAUAAAGUUUGUUUUGCGAGUAUGUCUCGGGUAGAUGUUACUCCAAAGCUUUUGGUACCUGGCAACUAAAUUUUAAUUGUUGAAGUCCAGUGUGACUCUGCUUGAAAAUAGUCCAACCUAGCAACAACUAGAUGUAAAAUAGUACAUAAGUAUCAUGCUUAUGUGUAAACUAUUUAAGAAUGAAUAGGAGAAAUUGUAUGACAUUUAUAUUGUCUUCCCAUUAAAUGGUUUGUGUUAAACGUCAUAUUUGAGGAUGCAUGAUUGUAAUGAAUGAUUCCUCAUAAGGGGAAAAUUGUUAUAUGAUUUUAAAAAGUAAAUGUGAAUAUAUUAUUUAUGAUAU